AUGGUCAAAAUCAACGACCUCUUGUACCUUGCGGUCCAUCCAAACCAGUUGAGAUCCAUAAUCCAAUGGAAGCUAUGGCAUGAUCCAGUAAACAGUCGCGACCCCGAUAAGGAAACAGAAAAUCUCAAACAAUGCUUCUACUACCUCAACAUGACAAGUCGAAGCUUCAGCUCCGUCAUCCAAGAGCUCAAUCCUGAACUACUCGUCCCAGUCGCCAUCUUCUACCUCGUCCUUCGCGGUCUCGAUACAAUCGAAGAUGACAUGACUAUCCCACUACCAAAGAAGGAGCCGCUGCUACGCGAUUUCGAUAAGAUUAUGUUCCAAGACGGCUGGAAUUUUAAUGGCAACGGCCCUGAUGAGAAGGAUCGCGAACUACUUGUCCACUUUGACGUCGUUAUUGCUGAGUUCAAACUGAUCAAGCCUGUCUACCAGAAGAUCAUCUUAGACAUAACCAAGAAGAUGGGCGAUGGAAUGGCGGAUUACGCAAACAACGCCGAGUUCAACGAAAAUGGUGUGGAUACUAUAAAGGACUACGAAUUGUAUUGCCAUUAUGUUGCGGGAUUGGUCGGUGAGGGUUGUACGAGGCUGUUUGUCGAAAGCAAACUGGCGAAUGCCGCCCUUCUCCAGCGCCCAGAGCUGUCAGAAUCUAUGGGUCAAUUCUUGCAGAAGACAAAUAUCAUCCGUGAUCUCCAAGAAGACUAUCACGACAAGAGACGCUUUUACCCCAAGGAAAUCUGGUCCAAACAUGUCACCAACUUCGAGGACCUAUUCAAUCCCAAGAACGUAAAGGCAGCGUUAAAUUGUACAUCAGAGAUGGUACUCAACGCGAUUCAAAAAGCCGAUGAGUGCCUCUUCUACAUGGCGGGAAUCAAAGAUCAAUCAGUAUUCAACUUUGUUGCUAUCCCUCAAGUCAUGGCGAUUGCGACACUUGAAUUGGUCUUUCAGAAUCCCAAGGUGUUUACGGGAGUUGUCAAGAUUACAAAGGGAGAUGCUUGUCAAUUGAUGAUAGAGGCCUCACAGAACCUACGAACUGUUUGCGAUGUCUUCAAGAGAUAUGCGCGGAGGAUCAGCAAGAAGAACAACCCAACAGAUCCAAAUUUCCUCGAGAUCAGCAUCGCGUGUGGAAAGAUCGAGCAAUUCAUCGAAUCUAUCUACCCAACGCAAGACCCCAAGGCUCUAACUAGGCAAUACAAUAAUGAGGAAGAGAUUGCUACUCCCGCGGAUGCAAAGGUGCAGGCUGAGCAUGAGGAGGCGAAGAAAGAUAUAUUGUAUCUCUUAAUCGCAGUCAUGUGCACCCUUUUUGUGAUUUCAACAGCAAUGAUCGGCAUCGCAUGGCUCGCCGGAGCACGUUUCGAUAUCGCAUUCAACGAGCUCCGAAAUGGGAAUUUCUUCCCAAAAUACCAACAAGGCGGCGAGGUAGCUGAAGCCAUUGUACAGCAACACGACCACAUCGAGUUGUGA